AUGAAGAGGGAGGAGAGGGAAGUGGAAGAGGAGGAGAGGAGAGGAAAGGAAGAGGAAGAAGAAAGAGAAUGGAAGAACGAAGGGGGAGGUACUAGAAGAAAGGAUAAGACAAGCAGAAGCAACGAUAGGCUCACGCCAGGCGGUAAAGGGAAUAGAGGAAUGCCAGCGGAAGAGCAGCAGCAGGACGCGGCGUCUGUGCUAGAUCAGAAGGCUGACGCUGUUUCGCGGAUGUAUCCUGCAAGCAGCAGCACAAGCACAAGCACAAGUACAAGCACGAAGCAGCAGCUCUGGCGGCGUCGGACCCAGGAUGAAGCUCUCGGAGGGGACCAGACGAGGGCCUUGGGAGGGACAAGAUCUCAAUGCCUGGGACCAGAGCGUGGGGAAAAGCCAAAAAGCCAGCUGCUGCAGCAAGAGUCGAAUGAGGAGACGGCGGGGCAGGAGGAGGUGCCCAAAGAGGACACGACAAGACACGACACACACUCGCACACACUCGCACACACACGCGCGCGCGCGCGAGAGGAGGCUGGUGGACCGAUGGCUGGAUCUGCUGGCGCUGACUUGUUGACCGUGGUGAGGAGAUCGCUGGGCUGGUAUCAUGCAGCGAAAACUCAGCAGGUGGCGGAUGGGGCCGGCAGAAGCAGCAGCUCGACGGUCGCUUUCUGUGGUCUCACCAAUCGGGUCAGGCUGCCCUUAGCGAGAGAAUUCCUUGUGCGGUACGUGGGUGAUAAUCCUGCCUGCAGCAGCCCCGUCGUCUCCGUAGCGGCGCCUGUCUCUGGCUACCCCGGCAGAUCUCGUGCUUUGGGUCUCCCUUCGCUCGGCCUCUUUUCCUCUCUGCCUGCGGGCGUGCUGAUGUGCUGGAUGCCGUGCUGCCGCGGAAAUGCGGGCAAACAGGCGGGAAAGUCACCUGCGGGCCUGAAGACGACGACGAGGCAGAACAGGCUUGUCUCGUCCUUGGCUAGGACCAGAGCCAGAGCAAUUACACCGCACUUUUUAGCAGUGGCAGCAGCUUCAGAAAGCGGGCUUGAGCAUGCACCGUCGAAUCACGAGGAGGGGCGGGCCAUGCAUGGACGAGGCCCGCUGUUGGCCAGAUUCGACCCUGUGGACAAGGCUGCGAGGAGCUAA